UCCAAAGAGCAGGUUUCUCUUUAGAUGUCUUCCGCCUUCUACAGUUUUGUAUCCUUGCUCUCUUGAGUUUGAUGAAGUGAAGCACAGAGAGGAUGAGGAAACAUUUUGGCCUCCAAUAACAGCACGAAAGUCGCUAUACUGCCUCAAAAUUCAGAUCCACCAUUCAGAAUGAAGAUCAUUGUGUGGUUGGGGUUUGUGCUCAGUGCACUCUCUGCUGCAGGUGAAGUGAUCCAAACAAGACCAGGGCAGAGUGUCACAUUGGACUGUGGACCCAGCACCCCAAGGGGAGACCUGUCAUGGUUGCAUGGAAAUGAUCGGAUUUUUUAUGUUAAUUCAAAGUCCGGCUUUCAUACCAAAGGUCCAGCUGCCGUUAAUUUGAGGUCAAAGCUGAAGUCUGGGAAGGACCUCGAGAUCACUGGGGUGAAGAGAGAAGAUGCCGGAAAGUUCACUUGCAUGGCAGGCGGGAAAUCUGUUGAGCACACACUUCUUGUGGUUUCAGUUUCGGCCACCUCCCCUGACAGUUUCCAGGCAGGUAGCACUGUUAUCCUCCAAUGUGAUGUAAACGGUCUGGAGAAAAGCCCUGAAGUCGAAUGGAAGAGGCCAGGUGGAAAUAAAGUGCUAAAGCAAGCGAAAGUUAUUCUUAGUCAUGUAGCCCUCUCAGAUGAUGGGACCUGGGAGUGUAUGUUUUCCCAUGGCGGGAAGCUGUACAGUGAGAACCUAGAAGUUGAAGUUAAAGAGCCUGCCACUGAAGCACCUAGAUCAUCCCCGACCCAAAGCUCAAAGGACAACCCUAAGUCACCCUGCCUCAAAUGCGGUAAUAACCAUCAGUCUGGGUCCGGUUUUGGUAAGCUCAGUUGGUGGAUGUGGGUUGCAGUUGGAGUUGGCUGCCUGGUUGUGGUUCUCCUGGUAGUGUUUGUCAUUGUAUUGUGCAAGAAGAUUAGAAGAAGGAAGAAAAAAUUACAGAGGAUGAAGAAUGGCCGACAGUCACUGAGACCCAACCAGUUCUGCCAGUGUAACCGACCAACAGCUGCAGGAAAACCACAGCAAGGGCGUCAGAAAGGGAAGCCAUCAGCCCUCCCUCUGCAACCCCUGCUAAAGGAGUGACAUGAAAGACAGACUGAAGAAAGGAGAGACAGAGAAAAAGAAAAAAAAAUGAAAGGAGGGGGGAAAGAGGAGUAGAUGGAGAUAAGGAAAAAGAGAGAGCAAGUGAAAGAGAACCACAGUGUGAAUACGGCAUGAAUGUAAAUGGGCUUUUGAAUGCUCUUGAUGAAAAUGAAGUAAAAUCAAAUGUAAUGAUGUGGGCACUUUGAGCUUUUUCACCAGAUAUAAUCAGUGGACUGAAUGCAAAUAGGCCGUCCCUCUGCAGGCCUAUUUGACAACAGUCUGUAAUUAUUUUUGUUUUUUACAUUUAUGCAGCAUAUUAACAUGUUAAGCCUCGUAUAUCCCUGCAUACAGCAUUGUCAACUCCCUACCCCUUUGCAUCUUAAAUAAUAUUCAACUGAUUUAGAUAUAUUUCUUCCUUGUGUUUCUGUGUGUUCGAUAGAUAUAGACUUGUCUUUAUUUCUGUAUGUUGUAAAUGGAAAGAUUGAGGUACUGUACUGAAAUUUAAUAUCUACUCUUCAGUCAAUAAACUGUA